AUGGUUAUCAUUUUCCUUCCACAAAUGUAGAUGCUUUUUGUUUCGUCAAGUAAAUUCUACUGGAAAUAACUCCUCCUUAGUAAUCUGUGUUUUCGGUUUUGAGGUAUAUUUUGUGUACGGACGGUAAUGACUCUUAGUCCCCUGAUUCAGGAAUCAAUCAUUGGUUAUUUUUAGGUAUUUGUGAAAACGAAAAUGUCUGAGACAAUCAACAGUCAUCCCUUUACAGAGGAAAAAGAGAUCAGUUUCAAGAGGUCAAGUAACACUAUUUCGGGUCAUUUUGUCAUUGUACCAUUUGGUCCAAAAUGGAAAAAUCAAUAUCAGAUGAGAUGACCGAUUUACAUCCAUAAACAAACUAAUGUAAAAAUUUUAGAACAAUUAGUAGAGAAACAUGGGUUAACUUUAACACGGGCUCUCAGGUUUUAGCGUUGGAAACGCACGAUUUGUUCAGACAGUCUCGGUUUUUUGGUUUUUUCAACUGCGUCUCUCUAUUUGUUUGUUACCUCAAAAAAGUUCAAGAUAAACGAUUUCACGUAACAAGCUUAUUAUGUUGAUAUUUUAAAUUGAUGUAAUCCGAACAGCUGAUCGGUCUCAAAAAAGCAAAGUAGAACGGUCAAUUUUCAAUAACGGAUAUUCUACACUCACGUAUUCGUUCAAAACCUUUCCUCCUAACUCUCAUUCAUUGUUUUAUUUCUAUUUUAUCCAUCAACAAACCUGUUUUAGCGAAAAGGGACAUAAAUGUAGCUUAGGGAAGUGGCAAAGAGACUUUCGUUUUCAUGUUAGGGACUUUCGGUGACUGACAUCAAAGUCCGUUUGCGAUCGUGGGGAGUUGGGUGGGGCAUCUUUUUCUUUCUUUGUUUCACAUCCGGUUGGAACACGACCUUGCUUAAACAAAGAACCCUUUUCAAACUGACCGAAACUGAAAGUUUCAAAACCUUUCGAAACACUCGCAAUAUAAAUCAAUUUUCGCUCGUAGUGUUUGUAUUCAUUAAGUUAGAGUCUUUCUGUUGACAACGCAGUUUCGUCUGAAUCCUUAUUUUCGCCUCGUCUUCUCGGACAACAUGAACACCGUCCUUCCCUCCUUUACAGGACUAUUCAAAAGGUCGCGUCGAUCACUGAUGUACGGUUCUAUAGCAGCUGUGACGAUUGGCCUGGAGGGGUUCUUUGAAAGUAUCGUGUUUAGCUGUCCUUGUGAAGGACACUUCGCUUACGGACUGGCUUUUUUGUGGGCGCCGGCCGUUCUCCUGUUUCUCAUUGGAAUCCUGGUAGAUAGAGACUUAUGGAGCCAUUCGAGAAGGAAUUCUGUCACAAAGAAGGAAACCAAGCCUUUCACCCGCCGCCAUCUCAAAGCGCUCUUAAUGAUAAUUGAUGUAUUAGUGCGAGCAUCCAUCGCUCCAGUCGCUUGGUUGAUUUUGUCCUUUCUACAGCAACAAUACUAUACAUGCGCGUUUUUCGGUCCUCCUCUGACCAGUGGAUUCACCGCGAGAAAUACAACCGAAAAAUGCUCUUUUAAACUCGACUUACGCACUAGGUUGCAAGAGGAGCACUACAAAACCCGUAGCCAAAUAGCAGGAUGGUCUCUAAUGCUGGUAGCCAUGUCUGUUCUCUUCACCACAAUCUGUAUCCGUCGAUGCGUUCGGAAGGGAAAACAUCUUAAAAUACCAAGUCUUGAUUAUUAUCACCAUGUUGAAGCAAAAGAGGCUUUGGAGCAUUAUCACAAUGAAGCGAAAGAACUUGCCAAAAAGAAAGCAAAGAAGGGGAUAGACGAGCUAUUUAAAAAGACAGAAACGAAAGAAUUUAAUUCCCGUCUCCAAAACAUUGCAAAAGAAAUCCAAGAUACAUAUGGGCGUUUUUUUGUCAUACCGCCUGAGAGUCCCACUUACACCUCCCCCUCGACUGCACCAAAGGACUCUCCUGAAUUUCCUUCGCAUGCCUCGCCUACUGUGAACUGCAGUCUUCUAUCAGAUGGAUCUGAAGUGAAAAACGAAGGAGAAAAACAUGGUCUGUCGUCUGCUACCAACACACCGCGUUUAUCCCCCACUUGUCAGACGGCGUAUAUAAGUUACAAAGGGCACACGAAGCCAGCAUUCAACAGACAAAACGCCAGCAGUAGAAGCCAGAAGGAAACAGUGUCCGAAGCCGCUCUUUGAGAAGUCUCUUAGGGGAGGGGAAGGGGAGCGUUGCGUGACACUUCGACAUAAUGCUAUGGAGGAGACUAAGAGCAAACAUUGUCACACAUAAUUUAAUUCUCUUCCGGUUGAUGCAAUAGGUACAAUUAAUUGAUGUAAAUAGAUACAGAAAUGACGAGAUGUACGGAAAGAUAAAGAGAGAUGGUGGACCAAAACACUCUCCUUGACUCCAAGCUGAAAGUAUUUUUCAAAUUGUGUUUCGUCUAUUUAUAGAAGCACACGGAUUCAUCGAAAAUGCGAACUGAUCCAAAGGCAAAACGAAAAAGUAAAAAAAAAUCUCAACUUUCCUUUAUAUUCGUCUUUGAAAAAGCAUAUUUAACGAUAAAUCUAAAAAUAACAAGGUGACGGUAUGAUGUUGUUCUUUAGCUCUCCUACUUUCCAGAUCUAAAUAUCAACUCUCCAUACCGUCCAUCGUACAUUUAUUGUAUUUUGAGUGCUAAGAAUUUGGUGUUAAACCAAACAAUACUCCCCAGUUAAUAUUUUUCUUUCACGUUGAAAGGAUGAAAGGAUUAAUUUCCCUUUGUUGACUCCUUAGAGUAAAGCUCCAAGUACUUAAGUAAGUAGUAAAACAGAAUUUAAGUCACUCUUCAUAAACUAUUCAGGCAAAACGAUUCUAUUUACAUCUUCCAGUUAGGAUCGACACUUUGUUAAUAAACUUGAACAUUGUAGUAAAUCUA